CAAUAAUGGCGGCUUCUACAAUAUGCCCGCACCACCAACGCCAGCCUAUGCAGGCGGCGGUGCUGCGGCUAGCGGCCUGUACAACGGCUGCACGAGCCUGGAGCUGUCGCCGUCGAUGUCGCGCUUUCAUCCUUACCAGCGGCAGGCAUCCGAUUUUUGCCAGUUCUCGUCGGGCUAUGGCCAGCAGUCGGGCAUGCCCUAUGCACGUCCAGGUAUGCGGCUGCUCAACCUGGCAACGCCGUGUCGCGGCAACCAGCACUGGGGCUAUGAGCAUUGCUAUGGCUAUGGUCCGAGUCAACCGGAGCCCUGUCAAUUUACGCAGUUUGUGGAUAUCGAGGACUUUAUGUAAGUGCAGGGAUUGGGCGUAGCGUAGAC